UCAAUCCACAAAACUUGAAUAACUUUCCGAAUAACUAAGCUAUCAUGGGUUUAACACGAAAAUUUACCUUCGGACUGCAGUUUAUACUUUUAGCAAAAAUUGCAUUUAUCCACUCGCAAGACCCAACGACAAUUCCCACUGACUCCACAACUGCAACGACAACUGAAGCAACGACGACCACAAUUUUUUCACCGACCCUUCCACCUUUGCCAAAUGCUACUAUUCCUGCCGUCAAUGGAAUUCCAUGCACUCUUUCAGUCACUGCCUUAUUCGCUGUUCCAGUCGCCCAAGUUGACGGACUUUGUUACGACGACAAAAUCGUUGAUCGUGUCUGCUGCAAGAAUCUCGCCGUUCUUGGCACCCCUAACAUUGGACUUGUUUUAAUUUCUCAAACCUGUCCACUGCCUCAGUACUGCUGCAUUUUGAGGGCAAAUAUUGACCACAUUACUGGACCGGUGAGCGUGUAUUGUUAAAUAUGACACGUAUUUAAUAUGUAAUUAUUUAAUUAUACAUAUAAAUUUACCUGGAUAAUUACUAUAUUAACAUGAAUCUCGUUAAAUGAAAUGCUUUAAAAGUUUGUAUA